AUGAAAGCAGCUGCAAAACAAGAGCACAAAGAGCAUUGGAGACAGAGAUUUUUCCAGUACAUUGAUGAACACUAAAGUGAUUAUAUUGAGGAUCUUCAGGAAUGUGUGGCUGUGAAAAGUUAUUUUAUUCAACCACAUCUGAGGAAAGAAGUAAUAUGAAUGAUGGCAUUGGCAGCUGACAGACUUGUGCCACUUGGAGCCAUUGUCAAUUUAAUAAAUUUGGGAUCAUGUCAGCUGCCUGAUGGCCAGGACCUCCCACUGCCCCCUGUGAUUCUUGGGAAACUAGCUGACGAUCCACAAAGCCCCACUGUAUGUUUCUAUGGUCAUGUGGAUGUGCAGCCUGCCAAGAAGGAAGAUGGCUGGAAAACUGACCCUUACACACUGACUGAAAUCAAUGGAAAUCUCUAUGGAUGUGGAGCAAUAGAUAAUAAAGGAUCUAUCUUUGCUUGGAUAAAUGCAGUGGAAACAUUUAAAGCCUUGAAAUUAGUAGAUAGCCUCUGGCUCAGUAACAAGAAGCCUUCCCUUACAUAUGGGAGUCAGGGAAAUGCCUACCUCUUUGUUGAGGUUGAAUGUGGCAGCAAGGACCUUCACUCUGGAACUUUUGGAGGCAUUAUUCAUGAGCCGCUGAUGGAUCUGACAGCUCUGCUGGACAGCCUUGUGGAUCGUACAGGUCAUAUUCAGAUCCCUGGAAUCUAUGACAGUGUUGUUUCCCUGACAGAGGAAGAGAUGAAAUUAUAUGAAUCUAUUGAAUUUAAUCUGGAGGAACAUAAAAAUAAUAGUGGUGUGAAAAAAUUCCUCUAUAGCACCAAGGAGGAAAUCCUUCUGCACCUGUGGCAUUGCCCUUCUCUCUCUAUCCAUGGGAUUGAAGGAGCUGUCCAUGAAUCAGGAAUUAAAACAGUCAUUCCAGCAAAAGUCAUUGGCAAAUUCUCUAUCCAUCAGGUCCCCCACAUGGACCUUUCAGUUGUGAAAAAACAGGUGGUGGAGGACUUGGAGAACGUCUUUUCCAAGAGGAACAGUCCAAACAAACUGAAAGUGUCUAUGCCUUUGGGUGCAAAACUCUGGGUCACUGAUGUUAAUGAUCCACUAUAUAAAACAGCAAGAAGGGCAACAAAAACAGUUUUUGGAGAAGAACAUUUUAUCUGGGAUGGUUCAACAGUUCCUGUUGCCAGAAUGUUUCACAUUAUAAUGCAGAAAAGUGUGAUAAUACUUCUGAUCGGAGCAGCCAAUUAUAAGGAGCACUCCCAGAAUGAGAAAAUAAGCAGAUACAACUACAUUGAAGGAACCAAAAUGUUUGCAGCCUUUUUCCUGGAGAUACCGAAGCUCCAUCGGCACUUACAUGAAAAUUCCAAUACAGAUACUAACAACUGAUAGACCAUCACAAGAAAAUCAGUGAAACAUUUCUUUAUUCUUAACCUUUCUAACUUCCUGAUCUGGAAAAAACAUAAAAAUUGCAUAUUCAGUGGGUCUGAAUUGGUGGAAAAAAAAUAAUUGUGAUGUUAUUAGUUGGCAUACUAAUAAAUAGCAUGCAUUUAUCUUAUCCCUAAUGCUAUAAAAUAGGGUUAUGGAUAAUUUGUUCUUACUGAGUGGAAUAUGUUAUGCUUUAGUUUUAAAAUUCCAGGCAAAGGGAAUUUUUUUACAUGUAUUUUAUUAAAAUUGCUUUAUUUCUGUUCUGUAGUAUCACCAUGCUCACGCUGCCUCACACGUAUUCCAUCUUCUGGAUUUGAGCAAUAAACAGCACUGUUGUUUCCUCCUAACAUAAACAAAAUUUCAGUAUGUAAUUGCUUGAAGAAAGAUCCACUAUCAAGUUAAUCUUUUCCCUGUCCUUCACAGAAUGCUGUAAAUAGGAAAUGCAAUACAAUUAGCUUGUUGAAUUUGAUGUAAAGACUUGCCUAUGAACAUCUAUUUAUGGAAUAAUCACUGAAGUCAAUAGAACUGUAAUAGUAAAUAAACCUUUAUAGGUCUGGAUUCUGCCUUUCCCUCAAUUUAAUGCAGAACUCCUAUAAUUGUGCUGUGAGCACAGUUUUAAGAAUCGCUGCAUAAUGUUUCUUUUAUGUGACCUUUUGUACAAUAGAAAAAAGUUUUUGUAAAUAUCUCUUCUGGUCAGUCAUCAGAAGGACAUUUUUCUACUCAAUAAUUAAUUAUGGUGAAUUACUUUUAAAGCAUCAGUUGAUCAGAUAAAUAUAUAUUUAUCAGAUAAUUAAAGGCAAAUGAGAUAUUUUGAAAUUAAAACAGUAGCUGUGAGCUUGGUUUGCUGUUCAGGCAAAACAUGUAGCACAAAUCACAUAAUUAAAAUCUGUGUUUUUUUAUUUCAAAAUAUGAUUUUUAAUCUAACAUAGUUCACACACAAAAACAACUGAACCACAUUUAAACAAAAAC